UUAUCGUAUCGACUGCUCAUGAUAUCAACAAAUUGCGUGCAUGCAUAUCUUCCUUACACUUCUCUCUUGGACAAUCUCAAGCUGCUCGAUGACAAUGGAAAGAUCACUUGCAGCUUUCUCGUUUGCUUUGCUUGCUUCUUUAGCUUCAGCACUCGUCCUUGUGGUUCAAGCCCAAAAAAAUGCAGGUUUUAUCAGCAUCGAUUGUGGGGCACCUAAUCAAUACACCGAAGAGGAAAUCAACAUAACAUACGAAACGGAUGAAAGGUUCAUAGACUUCGGAGAGAACAUGCAGGUAUCGUCGGAGGUCAUAUAUACAUAUAAUCAACAAUAUUCGAAGAAUUUAAGGAGUUUUCCCAACGGAACGAGGAACUGUUACACCUUAAGACCAGACCGAGGCACGAACAUCACAUAUUUGAUCAGGGCGACAUUUUGGUAUGGGAACUAUGAUGGGAAGAAUCAAACUCCUUCUUUCGACCUACACAUCGGCGUUAAUUAUUGGGCCACGGUGAACUCUCCGACGUAUUUCUGUGAAGAAAUCAUGUACGUGUCCCAGGCAGAUGAUAUACAAGUGUGCCUUGUGAAUACUGGCAAGGGAGUGCCCUUCAUUUCGGCAUUGGAACUAAGACCUCUUGAUAAUGACAUCUAUCGAUUGGGAUCUGGAUUCUUGCCACUCUCUUGGCGGUACGACAUCGGACUGAGCUCGAAGUCUUUUAUCAGGUACCCUGACGAUGUCUACGAUCGGAUCUGGUAUGCUCAAAACUAUACUGUCUGGUUCAUACUGAACACCACAUCUGCCAUUGAUUUAUCUGUCGACAAUGAUGUGUAUAAGUACAAUGUUCCCGGGGAAGUUCUUCGGACUGCUCAAAGAUCUACAAAUGCCAGUUCUCCCAUGAAGUUACACUGGCCUUCGAUCUCCACAAAGAAAUGGAUUGUGUACUUUUAUUUCAUGGAGAUUGAGAGACUGACGAGCGGCCAGCAAAGGGAGUUCACAAUUUCCAUGAAUGAUAAUCAAUUCACAAGGACAGUGAGCCUUAAGUACUUAGAGCCAGUGGUCGUAGUUUCCACUCCAGUUAGCGGGUGGAACAUCACCUUCUCAAUUGAAUCGACGAAUAAGUCUGGAAAUCCACCAAUCCUCAAUGCCGUGGAGUUCUAUACAAUUGGCGAUCUUCCAAAUGUACCCACAGCACAAGAUGAUGUGAAAGCUAUCAAUGACAUCAAAGCAAUGUAUCACAUUAAGAGAGAAAGCUGGCAAGGUGAUCCAUGUGUACCAAGCAACUGCACAUGGGAUGGUCUAACUUGUAGCUCUGAAAAUCCUCCAAGGAUUAUAUUGGUGAAAUUGAGCUCCAGCAAUUUGACAGGCGAAAUAGUCUCAUCUUUUUCACAUCUAUCAGCAAUGGAAUACUUAGAUUUGUCCAACAAUCAGCUUACGGGAGCAAUACCAGAAACUCUGUCCGAAUUGCAAAAUCUUAGAUAUCUAAAUUUAAGUGGAAACAACCUGAUUGGAUCAGUUCCUGAAGCUCUUAAGAAAAGGGUUCUGGACAAUACUUUAAUCAUGAGUUUGACAGGAAACACGAAUCUUUGCGGAGCUGAUCGUUGCUUGCGGAAGAAGAAACAAAAAAACAUCCUUGUUCCGGUUGUUGCAUCAGUUUCAGGUUUCUUUGUAGUUCUCUUUGGUGCUUUGGCCAUCGUUUGGUUAAUUAAACGGAAAAGAAUAGCUGGAUCUAGUGAAAGCAUGCUGAGAUUAAAAAAUCGACCUUUUAAGUAUGGAGAGGUUUCAAGAAUCACUGGGAACUUUCGACGAGUGAUUGGUGAAGGCGGAUUUGGAAAGGUAUAUCUUGGUACACUAGAGAACGGCACUGUAGUUGCAGUGAAGAUGCUCUCUAAAUCAUCAAAGCAAGGGUACAAGGAAUUUCAAGCCGAGGUUCAACUCUUAAUGAUUGUUCACCACGGAAACUUGGUUUCUUUGUUUGGAUAUUGCGAUGAUUCUAGGCACAUGGCACUAAUAUAUGAAUACAUGGCUAAUGGAAAUUUAAGGCAACAUUUAUCAGGUAAAGUUAAGAUGCAACCACCAGAGGACCAUCUGAAGGUCUUGACAUGGAGUAAGAGACUACAAAUAGCUGUUGAUGUAGCACAAGGUUUGGAUUAUCUGCAUAAUGGUUGCAAGCCACCCAUCAUCCACAGAGACUUGAAGACUACUAACAUUUUGCUGAACGAAGAUUUCCGAGCCAAAAUAGCUGAUUUUGGCCUGUCAAGAGCUUUUGCAACUGAAAAUGACUCUUACGUGUCGACUUGUCCUGCGGGCACUCCUGGCUACCUUGACCCUGAGUUUCAAUCUUCUGGAAACUUAAACAAGAAGAGUGAUGUUUAUAGUUUCGGAAUCAUACUCUUUGAGUUGAUCACAGGCCAACCUGCAACAAUGAGAAGCCGGGAUGGCAGCACCAGCAUGCACAUACUUCAAUGGUUGAUUCCUAUCGUUGAAAGUGGUGAUAUACAGAGGAUUAUGGAUCCAAGGUUACAAGGAGAAUUCGACAUCAACUUGGCUUGGAAAGUAGUGAAGAUUGCUAUGUCUUGUACACGACCAAUGGCAAUUCAAAGGCCAGACAUAAAUCAAAUAUUGGCAGAGUUGAAGGAGUCUCUGGUGAGCGAAUCAAGCGGUUCUUCUGAAAUGGUCUCCUUGGAGCUCCGGUCUGACAGUGCCCCUUUGGCAAGAACAGGCUUUCUGUCUCGGCGUUCCAAUGCAACAACCAGUAUCAUUGACUAGAUGAGAGCUACGUGGCCGGAGAAGAUGUGCACCUCCGGUACAACAUUGCCUGAGUCGUCAAAAAGGAUCCACAGAUGCGCUACAGAAUAGCCCCGUCAGCAGUGACCAAUGGAGGGAUUCAGAAAAAAAUGAGGGCUCAUCAUAGAGAGCAAACCAGGAAAAACGGCCUGUUAAUGAUCAUAGACCAACAGGAAUUUUCGCAAACCGGGACAUAAGUAUGUGAUGACCCUUCUGUUCUGGGUACGGGGGACCUUGACUAUGACAUAGAAAGUGUGUCCUGAACUCGAGUUCAAGAG